AUGGAGAAGCAGAUGCAGCGGGAAGAGGAUGGAGGGCUUGUGGAUAGUGAGGCGGACGGAGGGGGGCACCACCACCAUGCCGAUGAGGCCAGGCUCGAGGUGGGUGGUGAGGUCCUGCCGCUCGAGCUCACCAUCCACGUCCUCUCCUUCCUCGAUGCACGAGAUCGGCUCUCCCUCGCCCUCGUGUCCCGCCCCUUCCGCGUCCUAGCCGACGACGACCUGCAGUGGAGGCGGUUGUACGCGCGGGAGUGGUUCAGGGAGGGGAGCGAGGCGCCCAACGGGCAGGCCUGGGAGCGUCGGCCGCUGCCCAAGGUCAAGGACGUCACGUCGUGGAAGCUCCUCUUCCGCCUCCGCACCCAGACCGAGCGCGCCCACUUCCCCAGGAAACAACAACCCACACGCCGCGACGUAGCCGACGACGAUGAUGCUCAUGGCGGCGGUGGUGAUGGUGAUGGUGGUGGUGAUGCGUCGUCCGCUUCAUCACCACCACCGCCGCCGCAGUUGGUCGGAGAAGACGGUGAUGAUGGUGGUGAUGGUGAUGAUGGUGGCGACGGGGAGGUCGUGCUGCCGAAGGAGCCGUGGGUGGCGCGGGAGAAGCGGAACGGCCGCAGCUACUGCUUGUGGGGCGACUACCUGCGCCAGAAGCUGCCCCAGGUCACCACGGACGAGGAUGAUCCGGUGCAGCUGAAGGAGGACCGGGACAUCAUGGAGGUGCGGUCGCUGUACCUCAUCUGCCGCGAGGAGUUCCUCUCCGCCCUCUCCUACAAACUCACGCCGGAGGAGCAGUUCAAGAUCUACUUUUCGUUGGGCGACGUCACCCACGAGUUCUCGAUCUACCAGCGCCACUUCCCACACAACCCCGCCCACCUGCGGGAGUGGUACGAGGCCGCGUGCGAGGCGUUCGAGAAGUCCCUUCAGACCACCACCGUGUCGGUCCGUGACAAGAGCAGCACCCUUCCGAAGAAGAAGAAGAAGAAGAAGAAGAAGAAACAAACCAACGAUGGUGUGAUACGGGACUACGCCAACAGCGGGGUCGGUGGCGAUGAGCAGACCGACCGGCUCUUUCAGCUCGCCUACGCCAAGUACCAGGAGGCGUUGGAGCUGUACGGGCGCAAGCGACCGGACUACCUACUUAUCGAAAACUGGGCCUACGCCAUUCGCGAGCACGCCAACUUCAACGUCCGCAUCAACAACCACCCCGAGGCCGAGCGGCGUUUCGACGAGUGCUUCAGCAAGUACGAGAUGUGCAAUUCUCUGCAUUCCGACUCCAUCGUGCUCAGCAACUGGGCCGAUGCACUUCGUGAGAAGGCCGAGAUAGUGGACGGAGAGGGGAGAGACAGCCUCUUCAAGCAAGCCCACUUGAGAUAUAAGCUCUCGUUCGCGCUCGACGCCAUGGACUGCCUCACGUUGUGCAACUGGGCGAUGCUCUAUUGCCUGCGAGCGCGCACCUGCCACGCCCGCGCGCAAGCCCUCCGAGAAGACAUCCGCCGAUGCCAGGAAGACAUCAUCGGAAGUGAUGAGGAGGCGGUGCGGGCGAAGGAAGUCGAGGCGGCGAAGGCGGAGGCCGACUACCGGCGGCUGGUGGCGACGGGGAAGGCCAAGCUCGAGUUCGGCAUCGCGGAGGGGGACCUCUGGACCUACUUCUGCAUGGCUCGCCUCUGCGCCGCGGCGUGUGAGGCGGAGGAGUGCAGAGAGUGGAUGACCAAGUGCGCGUCCAAGCGAUACCUGUCCAAGGCAAAGGAGUCGCAGUUGGCCGACUUUGCGUUCGUGAAGGAUCUGGCCUGGUUCCAGGACAUGCAGCAUCAACAGCAGGCCGAGGCCACCACGCGCCUCCACGCAGAGUGA